AUGUAUUGUGCGGCCUAUUGUUCUGCGACCGGUGGCCGCUGCUUUUGGAUGCAAACCUAUUUUGAGUGCUCCUGCAAGGAUAUCUCUUUUGGUGUCGUAUCCACAAGGCCGUUCAAGGUAUUAAUCUCGCUGCAACUCUCCGAGCUACCGACGCCAAUUUUGAUGAUAGUCUUAACGGUGAUAAUGGUGGCUAUUUCUUUGCUGGUUGCGAUCAUGAUCUGGGGAGGUCUACGAUUCCGGGCCAAUCGUCGUCGCUACCGACAGUCGCUAGCUUGCAGCAAUGGUCGAAAACCGUUU